GGUCCCGGAAGGAAGCAGGUUUCUCCGCCCCGGAAGUGCUCAAAGAUGGCUGCUGUAAUGGCUUUGACUGUCCUGCGAAGACGGAUAACGCGAUGGCCGCAGUGGGCCUGCGCGGGGCCGGCCCCGUUCUGCGCGGUCAGAAGGAGCGUCUUUGGGUUUUCUGUUCGCUCAGUGUUGUAAAACUCCCUCCAGGGAUGGUCUGUAGGCCACACAGGUGUUGCAGUUCUACUGCUGAAACAGCCGCCGCUAAAGCAGAGGACGACUCUUUUCUCCAGUGGUUCCUGCUUUUCAUCCCUGCUACUGCUUUUGGUCUGGGGACUUGGCAGGUCCAGCGCCGGAAAUGGAAGCUGAAACUGAUUGCAGAAUUAGAGUCGCGAGUCAUGGCUGAGCCCAUCCCUCUACCUGCAGACCCAAUGGAACUGAAAAAUUUGGAGUACAGGCCAGUGAAGGUCAGGGGGCACUUUGACCACUCCAAGGAGUUGUACAUAAUGCCUCGGACCAUGGUGGACCCUGUCCGAGAGGCACGUGAUGCUGGCAGAUUAUCCUCAACUGAAAGUGGGGCCUACGUUGUUACUCCUUUCCAUUGCUCUGACUUGGGAGUCACCAUCCUGGUCAAUAGAGGGUUUGUUCCCAGGAAGAAAGUGAAUCCGGAGACCAGGCAGCAAGGCCAGGUUCUGGGAGAAGUAGACCUAGUAGGCAUAGUGAGGCUGACAGAAAACAGGAAGCCCUUUGUUCCUGAGAACAACCCAGAGAGGAAUCACUGGUAUUAUCGGGACCUGGACGCUAUGGCCAAGAUAACAGGAACGGACCCCAUCUUCAUUGAUGCAGACUUCAAAAGCACAACACCCGGAGGGCCCAUUGGAGGUCAAACCAGAGUAACCCUUCGGAAUGAGCACAUGCAGUACAUCAUUACCUGGUAUGGACUUUGUGCAGCCACAUCAUACUUGUGGUUCCGAAAAUUUGUGCGUCGGACACCAGGUGUGUGAAAAUAAUGAACCUGUUCCUAACCAUUAUAAAAUAUUUUGGUUUAUAAAAA